AUGUAUUAUCGGGUUUCCGGUCGGGUCCCGGCCACCGCUGGACACCACCGCUGCCCCACUGCGGUAGUGCCGACCGAGUUGCCCUCUGCUCUGACGAAGCCGAGACCCCGAAGCCUGGAUCAUAUUGUCCAACUUCGCAGCUACCCAACCCCUGGCCGCACGGAGUACCGCGCCGACCUGGACCCCUUCCGAGGCGCUGACCCUUUCCGAGGCGCUGACCCUUUCAGGUCAGACCCCUUCCGAGGCGCAGACCUGGACACACUCCGCGCAUCCCCGGGACCCACGGCCUACGCCUCGCCCAGCCUCGAGUCUGCCUCUACCUUCGCUCCGUCACCCAAUGCCGUACGCACAUCCGUGCACCGACUCAGCUCCUACCGGACCACCUCACCAUCCCGGUCGCCUUUCGCCCAACCUCUAUCAACCACACCGUCGUCAGCUUCUGGGGCGCUCUCUAAUAAUGCUCUGCCUACCGGCAUGGCACCAGGCGGUGCCAUGUACGGAACAAGCGGCGGAGGAGUCGGAAGCGGGGUGCCACAUGCGAGCGACCCGCAGAUCUACGUCGGCUCACGACACCCUGCGGAGAUCCGUGCAGCUUCGGACAACUCCGAACGAAACGCUGCGCCGGUCAGGACUGUUCGAUCCGGUAUUUACGCUACUAACCGAAGCAAUUGGGGGUCUGUGCAAGCUUCAAGUCAGUCCCCUGUGUAUCAAUACUCCGCUGGUCAGCAAGCUUCUCCCGCGCUGCAGCCCUCUUCAGCCUCUGCAGCUUUGUUGAGCCAGCGGCUUUGCGUCCAAGCCAAUGCCGGUGGCCAAGAUGAGGUGUGUUAUCCGGGCACUUCUCGGGGCAUUGGCUCUGUUCUGAGCCCGUCGGCGGUCGUUCGGUACUCCCAAGGACCCGGGAUCCCAGGACCCGGGAUCCCAGGACCCGGGACCUCGGGACCUGAAAACUCAUUACCCGGGACGUCAGGAUUCGGGACCUCAGGACUUGGGACCGGGGCCUCAAGACCUGAGACCUCAGGACCCGGGGGCUCAGCCUACGGGCAAUCUCGGGGCUACGGACCCGCGGGGCAUUCAUCAAACCCGGUGUCGGGGUACACAUCUGCUCUGACGGCUGCGGAGUUUGGUAGCCGGUUGACCAACGGGUCGCGGUUGACUAAUGGGUCGCGGCUGACCGGCGGCUCGGUCGGUUCUCUGCAGGCUGUUGCGGUGAGUGCGCAAGCUGCGCUGCCUUCGGGGCGUAGCAGCGGUGGUUCGGGUCUGAGUGGGUCUGCUGUGAGCACAGGUCGGUCUUACCACCUGGGCUCGUUGGGGUACAGUUCAAUGGGCUACGGUGCCGUGGGCUACAGCACCGGCGGCUACGCUGGUGGCUAUGCUGGCGUGGGUGGUCGUGUUCCGCGCGAUGUUUCGCUCCCUGGUGCGCUCCGUGACUCUUCGCUUUCGCGACUCGUCGAAAACGAGACUAAAACGCGCCACUUUUCCCAGGCUGAGCGACUGUCCCCUGAACGAGUGCGUGCUGAGCGACUGCCCGGUCGUCUGUCCCCUGAGCCCCGACGCCCCGCGGAAGACCUCUCGCCCGAACGACGAGCCAUGCAGCGACUUGAACAGCGGCAGGUGCCGCCACGGGCACCCGGUUUCCGCGCCCUAUCACCUGUGCCUUUGUCGCUGCAAACUCGCGCUGCCCCCGAAGGUUCGGACGCUGGCCAAGAAGACAAACCUGAAACGCGAAGACAAGACUCGAAACCCUCCGAACGCUGCGGCAUUGGAGAACCAGGACCGAGUCAAUCAGUACCUGGUCAACCACUGCCAGUACCUGGUCAACGUGUGUUAAGUCGGCCCAUGCUCAAUCGACCGAUGACUGGUGACCAGUUCGUGGUGGGUAGUCAGUUCAGGGUUAGCAACCAGUCCAUGGCCGGAGACCCGUCCGUGGCAGAGGGUGACCAGCCCGUGGCUGGUGGGCCCGUGGCCGGCGAGCCAGUGGUCGGAGAGGUGACGACAUCCAGCACAUCUCGCGGGCGCGGGCUAAUUCGAGAUCUGUCGGCGCUCGAGUCCUAUCGGCGAACCAGUCGACCGCGACGACCGCCUCCGGACUCGGCGAAAAUGGUGAGUUGUGGGAGUGGCUUGGCGGGUAGCAGUUACUGGUCUGGGCCGUUAGCUAGUGGGCGUUUGGGCACUGAACAGGAGACGGAACGUUCGACUGCGCGGCGACCAUUCGUUCCGCCGUUAGCACUGAACAAAGUGUUCCAGAACCCGGCGAACCGCGUCGUGCCGACGACCAAGGAGGUUAAGGACGAGCCGGCUGCGGACGCGGUCGGUUUUGGGAACCUUUUCCCGUCGCGGAAAGAACAAGUCGCCAUAGCCAGCCAUCGCGAACAGGAGGAGGCUGACCGAAAAGAGGAGGCUGACCGAGGGGAAGAGACUGAGCAAGAGGAGGAAGAAGGCGGCGGAGCGGAGGAGGGUGGCGACCGACGAGUGUUGGCGGGAGUUCGUUUCAACGACGCGAUAAAGCCGUGCGAACAGCCGAUCCACAAGUUCUACCGCGUUCCGGCGGCGGCGAACAACGUUUACCUUAGUUGGGCGGAGCAGGCGACGGCAAUGGGGUGGGUGCGAGAAGUGUGUGCCCGCGAUACACACAUCUUGUUGAAGCCGCGGUUAUCGCGACGCGCGGACAACACCUGGACCGUAACGCAUGACUUCUCCCUGGUAAACGCGAUGGCGACAGGCGAAUUAAGGAACGUUUCACUACCGACUGCCGCGGACGUACACAAUUGGGCAUGCCGAUUCCAGUUCCUUACUCGCGUCACGGUGCCGGGCGCGUCCUACGCUAUCCCAAUCGUGGCUGAGCAACAACAAUACUAUGGCUUCACCGUCGAACGCCCGGGCGGACCAACCAAAUUCUACACAUACACUCGCAUGCCACCAGGAGCUCGAGGCGCUCCUAAGUUCCUUCUCGAAUGUAUGCACAAAGUACUCGCAUACGGACUCGGCGAAAUGAACCCUACAAAUGCAAACCGAAGCCAUCGCCGAAAUGACCACGACAACCCACAAGACGGAGAUGACCAGACUGGAGGUGACCAAGCUAAAGAUGACCGAGCUAAAGGUGGCCGAGCUGGAGACAGUGAUCUAAUCCAGUCUCAUGUUUUGCUCCGGGGUGAAGAGAUGUUUGUGGGAGCCGAAUCACGGGAGCUCCGAGACUCUAUUUUGACGCAGAUUGUAAAAUUGUUCAAUGAAAAUGGCUUCAGAGCGAUCAUGCCCUCUCCGCGGGCCCUUGCUAAUCCCAAGACUGGCUGCGCAGGACUUAUUCACGACCGAUCACUGAUGUGCCUACGACUACCCGACCAAAAGCUGACCCAGAUUCCAACGUUAGUCGCGUCCCUGCAUACCCCCAAAUGGUGCUCGGCUGCAAACCAGUUGCUUUCUUUGUUACUUAAUUUUACUGACAUACUUCCCAAUAAAGUUAGAAGCGAAAUGCAAAAACUCAAGGAAGCCGCCGACUGCCCGACCUCUGCGCUAUUAGACAGCGCUAUAUAUUUGACGUGGGACACACUAGCGAGAGAAGCAUGGAGCUGGAUCAAACCUUUCAGCAAACCUCCUUCAUGA